UCUUGAUCAUCAUCCAAAGCAACAAACAAUUAUCACUUCUCUGUCAUCAGAUAUCUCUCUCUGCUGUCCCCUAACUGUUACAGGAUGAUAGCUCUUUCAAAUUCUUUGCUUUUACCAACUACCCCUUCUCUCCAUUUCUCUUCUGGAUCUAGUUUGAAGUCAGCAAAUAAAAGCGUGAGUGGCACCACCAAGUUGGCCUUCAGUCCAAAGCGUGGAGGAAAAUCAUCCUCAUAUAGAAGAUCGUUGACCGUUCAAGCUGGAUAUAAUGAUGUUGGAAGGCCAAGCAGUUCAAGCAUCUUUGUUGGUGGCUUUCUUUUAGGAGGAGUAAUUGUUGGUGCACUUGGUUGUAUCUUCGCACCAGAGAUUAGCAAGGCAUUAGCUGAAACAGAUAAAAAGGACCUCAUGCGAAAAUUGCCCAAGUUUAUAUAUGAUGAAGAAAAAGCAUUGGAGAAACAGCGCAAGAUACUAACAGAGAAGAUUGUCCAGCUGAAUGAUGCUAUUGAUGACAUUUCCAACCAGUUGAGGUCGGGGGACGAGGACGCACAAAAUGGAGUUGCUGUGAACCUAGAUGAAGUUGAAACUGUUAGUUAAGAAAACUUCAAUUGGUUUCAUUUGAAGAGAUAUACUUUCAGAAGACAGUGAGCAUUCCUGGUUGCAGUUUUAGUAAUAUCAUUAGUGUUGCUAUGAUAUAUGCAAACUGAGGAUUAAAUGUGAUACUCUAUCAUGUUUCUGUUGUGUGCCACAACUUCAAACUCUAAUAUAAUGAUGGUAUUUCGGC